AAGCAGAACAACAAAAGUAAAAAGUCUGUGUGAAAAAUGAAUAUCGUUCGCAUGCCAAGGCACAACCUGGUAGAAAAUUAAAUUUUAAGCACUGAAAACGAGCCCGAAAAGGGCAUCCAGCGGCAACCAUGGAAGGCUCCGGUGAUAUUCUGACGAUUAACAACUUUUUCGAAAACGACAUGAUGGAUGGAAGCAGUGGUUUAGAGUUUCCCGAUUUAGAUUUCAUAUAUGCGGAUGCGGACUCGCACGCCAACGAGAUCGCGGAACUGUACAGCUACACCGAGCAGGCCGAAUUCCAGCACAAUGUAAAGGCUUUCGAAGACCAGAUGGAAUAUUACAAGCUUCCCCCGAGUUGGCAGAAACUGUCGGAAAAGGAACAACGAGAAAUAAUUCUCAAACUACUCGAUCAGUUGGACAUGUCGAAAAAAAGCUUGCGAAUGAAGGCAGCUCGUUGCAUUCUCUAUCUGGCACAAGGCUGCUGGGCGGAAGUUCAAUGCGAUCAAGAGCAGCAGGUGAUUGCCCGGACGAACGUAAUGUUGCUGUACGAAGCUGGUGUAUUUGGUGCAUUUGUAGAGCUACUAAACUUGGAGAUCGACAAUUCAUCGACGGCUAACAUCGCAAUUCGUAAGGUCACCGUAUCGUUGGCAGAUUCGGUAGACUUGCGCGUUAUCCUGUCCGUUCUGUACAUCGUUACGGAGGUUAUGCGUGCGGAAAAGGAAAGUGGAUGUGAAGAGUACGCUCAGCUGGUGUCCAACUUUACCAAUGAGAUUACUUAUCCCAUUGGAGAUGAGCUUCUCUCGGUUAAACUGCUAGGCAUGAUAACCAAAUUCUGCAGUGGCUUUGCUCCACACUUUCCGAUGAAGAAAGUGCUGUUGCUACUGUGGAAAGUCUCCCUCGUUUCUCUGGGUGGAAUGGAAACGCUGAAACAGCUGAAAGAUCAGUACCGCGAGGCGGCCGAUCUCCCCCAGAACAAGGAGGACACACUUGAAGUGUCAAAAGUUAUGCGCGCCAGUUCGCCCCCAAUCACGGCACCAUCCAACGAAGACAAUCAGAACCCAAAGCGGAGCAAGCCUUUCCGAAGAGUAUGUACGAACACUAGUAUGUUGCAAGAGAGUCUCAUCAAGCAAAGCUCUCUGGACGAGCAAGAGCAGAUCGGGCUAGAAAUGGAAGCACCGUCCACCGAGGCCGAAGAAGAGCUAUCCGAAUACUUUCGCCAGUACGAAGAUCCUAUCAACAGUGCACCCAACAUGGAAAUGCCCAUCGAGAGCAAUGGAGAUGAAAGCACUCCACCAGCGGACACCCAAGAACCAAUGGAACAACUGACAAAUAAACUGCCGUGGGCUCCCAAGAUUCGGCGGAAGGACAUUGACAUCUUCUUGAAUACCUCUAGAAGUAAAUUCAUUGGGUACAUUCUCAAAGAUGACCAACAAACUUUAGCCGGACUGCCACAGCCCAUACAGGAAGGAUUUUUUACUUUAAAAAAGCAUAUGUACACAAGUCUAGCCGAUGUGCAAAUCAAAAAAGAGGAAGAUAUAACUCGUAACCCAAUAUCUACAUCCGAAGGCGAAAUUCCACAGACGCCCACGGAAACACUCUACCAGGCAAUACUCCCGAAUCUUCCGCAGUACAUGAUUUCACUGUUGAAGAUAUUACUCGCAGCGGCACCCACUUCCAAGGCAAAAACCGAAAGCAUUAACAUUAUGGCCGAUGUGCUGCCGGAGGAUAUGCCAAUGACCGUCACACAAUCCACCAAGCUGGGUAUCGACGUCAGCCGGCACAAGGAGAUCACCGUUAAGGCAGUGUCCGCCAUACUACUACUCUAUUUGAAGCAUUUUAAGAUCAAUCACAUCUACCAGUUCGAGUUCAUGUCCCAGCAUCUUGUCUUCGCAAACUGCAUCCCGCUGGUGUUGAAAUUCUUCAACCAGAACAUAAUGAGCUACGUAGGAUCGAAGAACGUCAUCCCGAUCAUGGAUUUCCCAUCGUGCGUAAUUGGCGAACAGCCUGAGCUAACUUCGGAAUCGCUCAUAAUCGGUGACUCCGCGCCGUACUCGUGGCGCAACGUGUUCUCCUGCAUCAAUCUCUUGCGUAUUCUGAACAAACUGACCAAGUGGAAACACUCGCGCAUCAUGAUGCUGGUGGUGUUCAAAUCAUCGCCGAUCUUGAAACGUACGCUAAAAGUUCGACACGCUCUGAUGCAGUUGUACGUGCUGAAACUGCUAAAGAUGCAAACCAAAUAUCUCGGCCGCCAGUGGCGUAAGUCUAACAUGAAAACCAUCAGCGCCAUCUAUGCCAAGGUUCGGCAUCGGCUUAACGAUGAUUGGGCCUUUGGUAAUGACCUGGAUGCUCGACCGUGGGAUUUCCAGGCGGAGGAGUGUGCACUGCGCAACUGUGUGGAUCGGUUCAACAAUCGGCGUUAUUUGCAGGUCAGCGCACCCGAUAUCAUCGAGCGGGAGUUCGAGGAUCCCAUCGAAGGGGACAACGUAAACGGGGGGAAUGUUACGAACGGUCGGAAACCGGAGGAAAUAGAACUGAGUGAAGAGUUUAAGCAAAACUAUGAACUAUGGCUGCAGCAGGAAGUCUACAAUAACAACAUUGACUGGGAUUUGCUGCUUUCCGGUGAAGAUUUCACGUAGAAUGAAAAGCUUGAUAUUGUUCAUACUUUAGGAGGAUAUGCAGAUUAUGCAGCAAACAAUUAAGUGACAAUGAUGUACGCAAAGCUGGUUAAUAGUUUACAGAACAGCGGAAUAAAUUAUGUUACGUAGACGAAA